UUCAUCUGCUUCUUCUUCUUCUUCUUCUUCUAGAACAUGGCUGCUGAAUCCGCGUUUGUGAGAAAUGGUGGGAGCAGCAGCAGCGCUACCACUGCCGCCUUAUUCAGCAGCUCUUAUCAGUACUCCAAGAGAAACACCCACCAAUCCAUUCCCACUCGAUGCGUCCACGGCAAGAACAGGUUCUACAAGCAACUGGGAUUAUUUUCGUUGAAAAAGAAGAUUGACGAUGCUGUUCUACGAGCUGAGAUGUUGGCCCCAUUGGCGCUGGAACUUGAAGAAGAAAGACGAAAUGAGCAGGAGCAACUGAUACGCAACUAUGACCUUUGGGAUGACACUGCUAAGUCCAACGAGAUUCUUGCCAAAUUGGCUGAUAGCGUUAGAGUGGUUGAUGCUCUCAGAGAUCUGACGUAUAAGGCUGAAGAAGCAAAGCUUAUUACACAGUUGGCAGAGAUAGAUGCUAUUAAUUAUGGGCUCUUUAGGCAAGCGUAUGAUGCAUCUCUGGAUAUGAGCAAGAUUUUGAAUAAGUAUGAGAUUUCCAAGCUUCUUAAGAGACCAUAUGAUAUGGAGGGAGCAUGUCUAAUUAUAAAAGCUGGCGGCAAAGGCUACCCUGAGGUUUGGGCAAAACAACUAGUAAGCAUGUAUACCAAAUGGGCCAGAAAGCAAGGUUACAAAGGAAGGGUUGUAGAGAAGCGUUCUUCCACGAAUGGUGGCAUCAAGUCGGCAACAAUUGAAUUUGAACAUGAGUUUGCUUAUGGUUAUCUGUCAGGAGAGACAGGGGUGCACUACAUCAUGAAUUUUAACAAUGAAACUGCUGUGCACGAGGUCAGCUCAGCCUGUGUGGAUGUUGUUCCUCUAUUUCUUGGAAGAGCUUACGACGUACAAAUUGAUGAAGAAGGUUUAACCAUUGUACUGCCAUCAGAGGUUGAACAACAGCAGAGCCAAAAUGCUUCUUUAGUUUACAUUCAUCAUAAAUCCACAGGCAUAAAUGUCCAAUCAUCAGGUGAGAGGAGCCACUUUGCAAAUAAGAUGAAAGCAAUGAACCGAUUGAAAGCCAAGCUUCUGAUCCUGGCAUUGGAACAAGGGGUUACUGGGCCUAGUGAUAUCAGGAAAGAUGAUAUUGUCAAUGUGUGGCAAAAGGAGACCAGAAGAUAUAUGUCUCAUCCACAUAAGUUGGUCAAGGAUGUAAAAACGGGUAUCCAACUACUUGACCUUAUGUCUGUUUUGGAUGGAAAUCUUGAGCCUCUUAUUGCUGCUCAUAUUAAUAUAAGACAAUAGUGUAUUAGAUUCUCUACAUUCUCUUUUUGAUGAAUCUGCAAUUCCAUUUGCGGUUUGAACACAUUAAGUACACUAACAACUGUUUUGACAUUUAGAAUCUCUAUGACUAGCAAAGGUGCUCAUAUU